AUGAAAGAAAGCCUUCUCCAAAAAGAAAUCGAGGAACAAGGGGAAAAAUUAGAAGAAAAAGGACUCAAAAUAAAAGGAAAAAAGACAGAAGGUAUCCUAAAAGACUGGCGGAAUGACAUGAAAGCCGCUAAGCAGUCAGAAAAAAAGGAGAAUAAAAACAAUCAAGACAUUAAAAAAAUUUUUGAAAUUAGGGAGAAAAAUCGUCCUCUCACUUCUCUUCUGAAAGGCAAAAUAGGAUAUCAACGAUUAGAAGACUAUCCCCAAGAAGCAGUGCUUUGGGAGAAAAAUUAG